CCACCAUACUUCCGCCUGUGUGGGUUGAAACGAAACGGCGGACCGAGCUGUGCGCCCAGAAGUGCAAACACAGGCUAACUGCUGGUCGUAACGUAAACAAAGGCAAUACUACACGGUACUACACAGCGACUGGUCGACCGCACAGCGACCAUGUUGCCCGGCGCGGUGCUGGUUCUCCUGGCUCUGGGCUUCUCCGCGGUUGACCAGGCGGCUGCAGAGAGACGGCUGGUCUACGUGACAGUGCUGUUUCGCCAUGGCGACAGAUCACCCGUCAAGGCGUACCCUACGGACCCCUACCAGGAGAGCGCUUGGCCACAAGGCUUUGGCCAACUGUCGCAGGAGGGCAUGAGACAACACUAUAACCUGGGCCAGUUCCUCCGGGGGCGAUACAAGGGGUUUCUGAACGAAACGUACGACCGUCAAGAGGUGCACGUACGCAGUACAGACUACGACCGCACCUUGAUGAGCGCGGAGGCCAACCUGGCAGCUCUCUACCCCCCCAGCGGUCAACAGGUCUUCAACCUGGACCUGAAGUGGCAGCCGAUACCGGUACACACUGUGCCCCAGGACCAAGAGACUCUGCUCUCCUUCCCGACGGAUAAUUGCCCACGCUACAAGCAGCUGAUGGCCGAGACGGAGAAAAGCCCGGAGUUCGUCAACAUGACCACCAAGUACUCGGACUUUAUGGAAAUGGUGCAUAACAAGACGGGUCAGCUCAGCACCAGCGUGGAGACGGUGUGGAGCGUCUACGACACGCUCUUCUGCGAGUCGCGCCACAACCUCACCGCUCCAGUGUGGGUGACAGAAGACGUCAUGGACAAGCUGAAGAUACUGAAGGACUUUGCAUUCCAGAUCAUGUUUGACAUCUACAAGCACCAGGAGAAGUGCAGGCUGCAGGGAGGUGUGUUGCUGGGGGAAAUAGUGAAGAACCUUUCCAAGAGGGCUGAGCCGAACUCCAACGAGCCGCUGAAGAUGAUGAUGCUCUCAGCGCAUGACACUACGGUGGUGGCGCUGCAGUCUAGCAUGAGUGUGUUCAACGGCAUCCAGCCCCCAUACGCCUCCUGUCACAUGAUCGAGCUCUACAGAGAGGACAACGGAUCCAUGUCAGUCUCCAUGUUCUACCGCAACGACAGCAGCCUGCCCGAGCCGUACCCGGUGGCCCUGCCCGGGUGUUCUCAGGACUGCCCCCUGGAGGACUACAUCAGAAUCACAGGCCCCUUCAUACCGGAUGACUUGGAGAAGGAGUGCCAGGUGCCCUCGGCGUUCAAUGACAAAGAGGUGGUGGUGGCGUUGGCCGUGUCCAGCGCCCUCCUCGUCUUCCUCCUGGUCCUGAUUACCGCGCUCCUCUGUCGGCAGAAGCAGCCAAUCACCAGCCAGGGAUACCGUCACGUGACCAACCAAGAGGGCUUGGGGGGCGAGUAUCACUCCUGACAGAGGGGCAAGCUCCUCCCCCAAAGGGGCGUGGCCGACCUGUGGGACAGCAGCGACUGCGACGACCUCUGAGAGAAUUGGACACCAAAAGUUUUUUUAAUUCUUUUUAUCCAAAAUAAAAAAUGGUUUCCGGGUCGCAGAUAAGUUGUUUCAUUGAGGUCGGAGACUUUGACCGUGGACGCCAUUUUACAACUGUUAGAUCAAAAGGAAAAAACGAAGAAUUUCGAAUCAAAACUCUUCUCUCCCACGUGGACAAAACAAUAUGAACGACCUUCCCAGAGGGACCGGUGUUCCUUAUUGUAAAGGGCCUUAAAAAGUACAAACAAAAUACAGAUUCAAAGUUGAACAAGAACACACGCUUAAGUGCGAUUCCAUUUAAAUACUCAGGUUUACUGGGUACUCUACGGCCACUGCUCAACAGCAUCACAGUUCUACAUAGGUCUUCAAACAGCGCUUCUUGGGGAUAAACCGGACCACCCAGUCUAUCCCAGGCUUAGUGAUAGCGUCCAAACAGGGUCCUUUCCAGUACAGGGUUGGUCAUGCGUUUCACAUUUCGCUGAUUGUUCCUGUAAUUAAAUUGAAGUAACUGCUUAAAUGUUUUCUCAACCUGCCAUAUUCUGCUUUAGGAUCGGAUUAAGAGCUUAUGUUUAUGAUAAUUUGCCUGUCGAGACGGUAUGUUGCGUGUGGACAUGUCGGCCUUGUGCGCGGACAUGUUACAGGCCAUUGGUAGACGGAUCAGUUAAUUAUGCUUUCCAUUUCACACACGUGUUCUGUCUUUUGGCGCUUUGAACAGGUCUUGGAGUAUCUUUGUGCGUCCCAUUUUCCUUUCAUGGGUGCCUAUACAGUCAUGCCUUAAAAUCACUUUAAUUAUUCUGAUAAUUAAGAGAUAAUCAAACGUUUCUCAGUUCAUCCAAGUAUUAAAAGAGUGAAUACAAAUUGAUUUCAGUAGUUUAUUUUUCAGUGUUUUUUUUUUUCAGAGAAGAGAAAAAAUGAAAUUUAGAUCCUAUGCACAGGUGUCAUUGUAGGAAAAACACAGGUGUCAAUAAUCACACUAAAUAUGGGUCUUCUCCUUGUAGGUACUUGUAAGGUAUUAGACUAAUCGAGUGAAGAAAAUCACAUUGGAGCCGACUUGUGUUACGACUCGUGUUAUGAGCUGUCGACGAAACUAAACUUGAAUUGCAAAUGUAUAUUUGUUUAUACCAUUGAAAUAACAAUUAGGUUUAUAUUUGGUAUAUUGUGAUCCAAUGAUAAAUUAAUAUAGAGACGUCACUGACUGACUUUAAGGAUAUUUAAUGCGUUUGAAAUAAAGAGGCUUGAUGCACAAGUUAACUACGGACUACUUAUUCAUUCAUUCAUCCAACAAUUACAGUAAAAUUAAAUGGGUUAUUAAGAGAGAAAGUGGAGGAACACAAGAUUAAAAAAAUGUUAAACCCUGCGUCCCUACUUUUCUCCACCAUUAAGGAGUGCUCUUCACACACCUGUGAUUGACUGGCAAUUAGGGAGGAGUUGCCCUGAUUGGUCAGAUAUAAACCGGGAGGUCUUAAUCUAAAUUGUUUCAUACAGAGGCAGUCUCACUCAAACCAGAAACUUGUUCAGAAUUGCUUUCAAUUGAGGCUCAAAUAAUCUCAUUUGUAUUCCUACAGAGCCUUUAGUUGCAGGUAGAGUUGCUGUGGACUUUGGUCAUGAUCAUGUGAACCACUCCCAGGACCUUUCAGGCUGGGAGUGGUUCAACCACUAGAAUAUCCUGCCCCCUAAUAAAAACACUAUCUAAACUGCUUUUCUGUGAUUUAUAGCAAAUGUUGCAUUGUUUUGUGUCACACAUUUGUUGUAAUAUCUGCUGUGUACAUGUGUUGAAUGACCUGCCAAGUCGUUUCAUGGACAUUUUUAAUCAACCAAAUGUUCCCAAAUAGUUUUUGUGGGGUUUCUCCAAGAAUAUAUCCAGAUACAUUUCUGUUGUUCUGUUUUAAAUUCGCCAGUAGUCGAGGUUCCUCUUAAAUCUACUCAAAAUGAUGGAAAAACAAUUUAUACAGGAUCUGACCAAUUUGUCAGUCUUAAUUAUGUACCUUCCUUGCGUUGUUAACCUCUGCCCUCUUUUCCGGAUAAAUAAAUGAGCAGUAAAGGGAA